GUAUUGUUAAUGCUUGCGUUCCGAUAAGCAUGAAACAGUCACAGCAAUAAGAAAAUUAGGAGAAGAACACCGAGACGGUGGUAUACGGCGUGGCAACACGUCUAUUGCGAUUCGUACGUGAGCCAGCGGUGCGUGUAUCGCGAUGUGUGUGUAUGUGACCAGAAAUACGCGUCGAGACGUAUUCGCUUCAGCAGUCGAUCGCGACGCGAGCGGAGGAACCUGCUCAGGUGUGCCUUCUCGCGUUUUCCUCGUGCGCACAGAGUGCAAUGCGAACAGCGGGACCGAGCGUCUCGAAAACACGUGUCAUUCACGUCGAUUUCUCUUAACUGGAAAUUACUAGUGCCGAUCACCGCGUACGUUCGUGUCGCUGAUUUUAUCGUCCGCGGAACGAGUCUAUAUCGUUAUUUUUUUUUUCCUUUUUUUUCUAAUAUUCUAGUGGAUACUGAAGAGGAACCGACGCACCGACCUCGCGCGAACAUGUCGCACAGCAGACUCAAACCGUUGAUUCUCACGGUCUUCGUGAUAAUACUGGUUAUCGGACUCGUAGUGGCUCAAAGGGAUACGCGGUUAGUUCCGGCUGUGGAUAGUUCCGGCCGUAGCAACGAAUUAUCGAAAUCGUUGGAGCUAGCCAAAAAGAUCAAUUCCAUGGAUUCGAUCGAUGAGUUUCUCAAUCUUAUUCAUGGCGUGCCUAUAUACCAACAGAGGUUCGGCUUACCUAGUAGGAUGGGAGAUACGGGAGAACGCUCGAACGCCAUGCAACCAGUUCCAGCAAAAUGUAUGCCUGAAUUGCAACCAGUUUCUCUAAAACCAGACGACGAUCCAUCCGCAAUCUAUUUCCCGUCUUGCACGCGCAUCAAAAGAUGCGGAGGUUGUUGCAGCCAUUCGUUGCUUUCCUGUCAACCGAUCGCAACGGAAUUUCGAAAUUUCGAGGUAUUUGUGGUGGCAGUAGAUCAGACGAACGGACUGAGCUAUAAGGACAAACGCAUCGUGCCGCUAGAAGAGCACACGAAAUGCGUGUGCGACUGCAGAAUUAAGGCGGAGCAUUGCAACGAAAAGCAAUCGUACGUGAAGGAAGAAUGUAGAUGCGCGUGCAAUAACGUCGAUGAGGCGGAGAAAUGCUACAACAACAACGACACGAAAGUCUGGAAUCCAGAGCUUUGUACCUGUUUCUGUAGAGACGAGUUGGAGUGUUCCACUGGAUUUUACUUCGAUCAAAACACGUGCAGAUGUCGACAAGUACCAUUGUCUAGAACUUGGUUUCCAGUCACAAAAGGCACAGACUACAGAUUUGGACAAACACAAAAACCAGACAAUACACCUCCUGUUAUAGUUCCAUUGGAUGCAACGGAUCCUAGGAGACGUCCUAAAGAGGACCCAGAACGUUAAUAAAGAUGGAAACUAGUAGAUUAAAUCAAAGGGCUCGCAAGGCAGCUACUUUUCAAUGGAAUAUGCUUACAGCUCGACCUUCCACCUCCGUGCCAUUUUAUUACAACAGAGACCAUGUAAUUAUAGUAUUUGUGAGAUAGUAUUAAUUCAAUAUUCCAGGAUUAAGUCAAUAUAUUUUUACAUAUUAAAUGACUUUGUGAUAUAAGGAAACAUAAUUAUUUAAAUGAUAUCACCGUAUAAAUCUACAUUUACAAACA